UCUCAGUAGCCAGUGUUGUUGCUGUUUGCUUUUCUGAAGGAUAAAGACACAGCAUAGUCUUGAACAUAAAAGAUAAUAUUGUCCUGCUUUUUGGAACAACGCCAUUGAUUGGCUUGAACAUGAAUCCUGAAUAUGACUACCUGUUCAAGCUGCUGCUGAUUGGAGAUUCCGGAGUGGGAAAGUCAUGUUUACUACUACGUUUUGCGGAUGACACUUAUACUGAAAGCUACAUCAGCACCAUUGGGGUUGACUUCAAAAUCAGGACUAUUGAAAUGGAUGGGAAAAUAGUAAAACUGCAGAUUUGGGAUACAGCCGGUCAGGAGAGAUUUCGAACUAUAACAUCCAGCUACUACAGAGGUGCCCAUGGGAUCAUCAUUGUGUAUGAUGUUACUGACCAGGAAUCCUUCAAUAAUCUGAAGCAGUGGUUGGAGGAGAUUGAUCGGUAUGCAUGUGAAAAUGUCUCCAAGUUGCUGGUGGGGAACAAGAGUGAUUUAACAUCAAAAAAGGUGGUGGACUUCACCACUGCCAAAGAAUUUGCUGAGCCACUUAAAAUUCCAUUUCUUGAAUCAAGUGCAAAGAAUGCAAGCAAUGUGGAGAAGGCCUUUUUAACCAUGGCCUCAGAAAUUCAGAAGCGACUCGGGUCAGAGAACGUUCAGAACGAGACUGUAAAAGUGGGAGCCAAAAUAAACAGUGCUCCCCUGUGGCCUGGAGGACAGAGUGGGACUGCGGAGGAGGUCAGCACCUGCUGUUAGUGCUUACAGGUUUAAAUUCAGGGUAUUCUAAUUUUGAAAAGGAAACUUUUGUGAAAAAAUAUGAUUUUUAGUUUAUACUGAUGAACAGUGGCCUUACUAACUGAUUGCCUGUUUUCUGUGUGACAUAUAACUGAGUUUAAGAUUUGCCUUCUUACUGCGUUUCCCUUUCUGUUAGGUAAAACAAGUAUAGGAUUAUUUGCCUUUUUUACAGUGGUGUUCAUAUUAUAAGCCAAAUGGCAUGCAGGCAAGUGUUUGAGCUUAUUGGAUCACCCAUUCUUGUCUGCACAGUUUAGUAUACGUAGAACCACAUUCACCAGAUCUUGGUGAACUGGCAAUAAAUGUAGGCUGCUUUGUUUAGAAACGACAACACUGCUGGCCAUGUUGCUCAUUAUCCAUUUCUAUAUCAUUAUUAAUCUGAUAUAAAAUGUAAUUUUAGCUGCAGCUGAAAUUGACUAAAUAUUUUAUAAGUUGUUAAGUCUACAGUUCCUCCCCCUUAAUUUGUUUACUGUUUAUUGUUAUCUAUAGGACAGAUCUUCUUCUAUCACAUAAAUUCCACAGACUGGUAGAUCUGACUGAUAAUGUAGUGCUGAGCAUUUGCUGGGAUUUGAACUUAUGCUCUCCUUAUAUUUGAUGAGCAGCAGAUCAAAGGGCCGCUCUAGAACUGAAAAAAAUGUAUGUGGUUUCUCAGCUCUCAAGUGGAGUGACUGUCUAACUGCCUGCCUGUCAAGAAAUGGGAGAUUAUUAGCUUAAAUGCAGCUCCUUGACCGAACUGAGUUGUUCAAAUAAAAAUUGGCCAUUUUUAGCAUUUAUUCAUUAUUUGUGCAGCUCACAAUGUAUAGAAUCAGUUUGUGGAUUUUACUAAGCAAGAAAACAAGACCUGAACUAACCUGAUUUCUUAACUAAGAUAAAGAUAUUAGACAUGUUUGGCAUCAAAUCUAAUUCUACCAAAGGUAAAAUUCUCAUUUUCAAGUAUCACUGGAAAAAUUUGUUUUUUCUAUGUACAUUUCUAAAUAACAGGUAUUUGCUUUUGAAGGAAAACCCCAUCAUCUGGCAUAGAAUAUUUAGAUACACAAAGACAAAUGAAAAUGGCAAUCACGUGU